GUUUAUGGUGACGUCAUAGCGCAGUCUUUCAGUCUAUCUGGGUGGCGGCAGACAGUCUGUCAACGCGUAAAGCACGACUACGCAAAAACACAUCAAAAUCGCUCGACGUCGGUACAAACAUGAGUCUGUGUUGCUGUUAGAGGAUCCAAUGGGAACGCAGAGUCUGGCUGUCCCCAAACUGGAAGGCAGUGUUGAGAGUUGUCUGAUUAUUUGAACAAUGCAGUGAACCAAAUGGGGCAUUGCAGUACCCAAAUCAUCAUCCUCUUCCUGCUUCAGUUCUUACGGACAUCUGCUAAAGAUGCCUCCAUUGAGUGCAUGUGUGUUGGCAGUGACUGCAAUGAGCAGCAGUGUACCGGAGACCAGUGUUACACCUCUGUUAUCAUUAGCAACGAUGUGAAGAUAUUCAAACGCGGCUGCCUGAUCGGGUUGGACAGCAAGCGGAUGACUUGCUCGGCGACACCGUCUGCUAGUCACAUCGUUGAAUGCUGUUCCCAGCACAUGUGCAAUGCCAACGUCUCCAAAGAGACCCUGCUUCGACUGCUGACAAGUCCAGAGAGAGAGAAGGCUUUGCAGUACCGUGUGGAGAUGUUGGUUCUUUUUGUGCUGGGUCCGUUUGUGGUGCUGGGACUGCUGUCUGUGCUGGCCGUGAUGGUGUGUCGUAGACUCCAUCAUGGACGUCUGGAAAGACUGCAUGAGUUUGACACCGAGCAGGGUGCAAUCGAUGGACUCAUCGCAUCCAACGUUGGGGACAGCACGCUUGCAGAUUUGAUGGAUCACUCCUGCACAUCAGGCAGUGGUUCAGGGCUACCCUUCCUGGUGCAGAGGACGGUUGCACGACAGAUCAGCCUGGUAGAGUGUGUUGGUAAGGGACGAUAUGGGGAAGUGUGGAGAGGACAGUGGCAAGGAGAAAACGUUGCUGUGAAGAUCUUCUCCUCCAGAGAUGAGAAAUCGUGGUUUAGAGAGACAGAAAUAUAUAACACUGUUUUACUACGACAUGAUAAUAUAUUAGGUUUCAUGGCUUCAGACAUGACCUCCCGAAACUCUAGCACUCAGCUGUGGCUGAUCACACACUACCACGAGAACGGCUCUCUCUAUGACUACCUGCAGCGCGUUGCCGUGGAGAUGGCAGAUGGCCUGCACAUGGCGGCAUCGGUAGCCAGCGGGCUGGUGCACCUGCACACAGAAAUCUUUGGCACAGAAGGGAAACCGGCCAUUGCUCAUAGAGACCUGAAGAGCAAAAAUAUACUAGUGAAGAAAGACCUGCAGUGCUGCAUUGCCGACCUGGGUCUGGCAGUAACACACACCCAGUCGGAUAAUCAGCUGGAUGUAGGAAACAAUCCUAAAGUGGGAACCAAGCGCUACAUGGCUCCAGAGGUUCUGGAUGAGACCAUUCAGACGGACUGUUUCGAUGCCUAUAAGAGGGUGGAUAUAUGGGCCUUUGGGUUGGUGCUAUGGGAGAUCGCCCGUCGGACCAUCAGUAACGGAAUUGUGGAAGAGUACAAGCCGCCGUUUUAUGACCUGGUCCCUAAUGACCCGAGCUUUGAUGAUAUGAGGAAAGUGGUUUGUGUGGAACAGCAGAGGCCCUUCAUUCCCAAUCGUUGGUUUUCAGAUCCUACGCUGUCUGCUUUGGUGAAGCUGAUGAAGGAGUGCUGGUACCAGAACCCUUCGGCUCGUCUCACUGCACUGCGCAUCAAAAAAACUAUUGAUAAAAUCCACAGCUCACUGGAGAAGGGCAAAAUUGACUGCUGAAAAGAGAGAGAGACACAGAACUACUGACCACUCGCCCACUCUUAACACGCUGUUUGGUUGCUUUCUGUUCUUCGUGCAUUGUCAAAAAACAUCUUUUUAUAGGAAAUCACAGCCUAUUUUAUGGAUUGGAUCAUUUUUCCCCCUUCGGAAACAAGCAGAAGAAAACUUCACAAGAGUCUGAGAAUAAUCCAUACUAACAUCAUCACUUUUAACCAUGGGUGAGCAAAGAUUAGGGUAUCACUUUUUAGUGAGGAUGGAUACACAUGCUGAAAUGCAAUCAGUACCUGUAGUGUGUGCAUGAUUCUUAGUACGGCUGAAAGAACUGUAGAUGCGUUACCUAAAAAUGUGCUUUUAGAAAUCGGAUGGUUGUAAAGCUUUUAAAAGGUCAAUGUCCUGAUAACUUGUGUGUGUAUAUAUAAGGUCACAGAUAUGGUUACUGAAUUUGCGUCAUUUUGGGGGUGUAAUUGUGUUAUAAAACAUUUACACCCACUAUGUACAUUAUUAAAGAUUUGGCCUAUUUGGUGAUCCGGCUUGGGUAGUGCUUAAAUGAAAUUCACUGACAAAUUCUUGUCGUCCUAUUCCAGAGUGAACAUUGAGUAAAUAAGUGUAUAAAUGAUAACAAAAUAUUCAUUUUUGGAUGUUCCUAAUAAUAAUAAUAAUAGUUUAGUCAAGAUUAAAUCACACUACGAGGCCUUUUAAUCUGUUACGGAGACAUGACAUGAAUUUUUUGCCUCUAUGCCUGCCUGAGAAAAAGCCAUGGUAGCACAUCGUUGUGCUUUUUCGUAACGGUUUCUCCCUCCGCCGGCGCUCGUACUUGAUGUUUCUUUACUGACAAUCAGCCGCUGUCCAGUAGGGCAUGAAUUAUUUGCUGUCAUGUAGCUAAGUUUAAAUGUUAAAGUGACACGUCAACGGAUACGAGCAAAGCUUGUGAUGGUCAUAAACAGACUCUGGUUUUGAGAACACGCUUUUGACACUUUUAUAUCAUGUUUUUCAACAUAUGCCAUAAACCGAUGUGGAUGAUUUUUAUAACAACUUGACAAUUAUUUAAGUGCAAUGACACUCUAAUAUAGGAUUCACGAGGUGUACAAACGACUCAUAACACUAUCAUUAUUUACCAAGUCGACAGAUGGAAGUGCAUUACUGUUGGUUUGAGUCAAACUGUAUGUUAUUUUUAUUUGGUUCUAGGAAAGUAAUGGUCUUGACGCUAAAGUUUGUUCACACGGAAAAGACGUUUACAUGGAGCUACCGGGAGUUUUGUCGUGAACUGUGAAUAUAUGUUAUAAUGAAGAACUUGUAUGUAUGAUGUAAUAGGAACAUAAAAUAUAAGAGACAGACAAAUAAAAAAUCUGCACAUUCUUGCUUUGAAAAUGUACAUUAUUUGAUUUUGUCACUAUACCCGUCACGUCCUGUCUACCCACCAAAGACCUUAUGCCUUUAUCCAUGCUGAGAAUGCUUCCCUUUCAACUGGAAAUGUAUUGCAGAUUGUUGUGCAUCUGACUUAGGACUGGGUUUUCCUGUACAGAGAGACAAGAUAAAUGACACGUUAUGAAAGAUUCCCUAUUGUCUGCCUCUGCUGGGAAAUGGUCCACUGAUCUUCUGUGAUGUUUACAGGUCUUCAGCCUCUUUCUCAGCUGUUUAAAGCUGGACCUGUAUCUGGCUGAAGUUGAUGCGAGUGUAAAUGCUAACCCUGUUACAUAUUGUAGGAGCCAGAUUUUUUUGUAUGUCUUUAGUGAUUGUAUCACAAAAAAUGAUCAAAUAAAUGAUGAAAUAAGGUUA